AUGCCAAUCGAUAAAAAAAAGCGAAACUUUCUCCUUACGCCCGAUCGCUUCUAUUCGGAUCUCGAUGAAGAGGCUUUUAAGAGAUUGUGUACGAAGGAUGUAACAAAAAAGUUGUCCUACCCUAUCUAUUUGGAUUUUUCUAAUGAAAAGUUUCAACUUUCAUCGUUGGGUGCUGUGAAGGCUGUGAUGAAGGGUGCAUCGAGUGUGAAAGAGUUGGAUAUUAGCAAUAAUCAAUUUAAAGAAAUUGACAAGAAUUUUGAAAUAUUUUCCAGAUUGAAAAGAUUAUACGCCUCACAUAAUGAAAUUCACAAAUGUCUCUUUAGUAAUGCUCAUGUACAUUUGGUGCGUUUGGACUUGUCACACAAUUCGCUCUCAUCAAUACCAGAAUCUAUUUCACAACUGAUCAAUUUGGAAUCUUUGGAUAUUUCGUAUAACAUGAUUUGUAAUGGUUUAGAAUCUUUGACAAGAUUACACACCUGUGUGAAAUUGAAAGAUUUGAACAUGUCAUUUAAUCAAUUGGAUAUGAAUAAGGAAAAGUUGGAUAACUUUUUAGGAGAGCUCAAGUUAGGAUUUAAAAAAAUCAAAGCUAUCAAUUUUGAUUCGAAUCCUUUCGUUAUGAAAUUAAUGAAUUAUAGGACUUUAUUUAUUUCCAGAUUGCCAAUUGUUAGCCUGGAUGGAAAGGAAGUUCUCUCCAAGGAAAGAAGGGCUGCUCUUCAAGGUGUUGAAGGUACUGUUCAACCACUCUUCUUUGAUGAAGUUGGUGAACAAUUGAAGGGUACUUCAAGAGGUCUCAUGAAACGUGUUCCAUCUUUUAAUAAUUUGUUCAGUGUUUUGCAAACAUCUCUGAAGGAUGAGCCAAUAACCAUGCAUGAAGAUAAUAGUGGACGUAGACCAACCAUCGUUGAGAGCAUUAAAGAACAAACCCACUUUGAAAAGAUUAAUGAAGUUUUGGAAAAUACCUCACAAGUAUAUUUACUUGUUGCUGGUCAAAAACUUUUAAGAACUAUGAAACAAUUGCUAGCCAACAUUUCUGAUAUUUCAAUGAAACUUCAUGAAGAUGACCCAAAUACUAUUGGUUUGAAUGGUUAUGUCAAAUUUAUUGAAUUAUUGAAGGGAUACGUUUCAAGAGAUGAAACACAUACCACUAGAGAAUGUUUCAUUCGUUGCAUUGUCACAAGUUUUGGCUUUUUCAGUAAGAGUCUAGACAGUGCAACAAGAGAGGAAGUUCAAGGACUCACAGAAUUGGGUAAAUUCUUGUUCUGGAAUAAUAAUAGUGAAAUUCUCAAAAUUACCAACCAAUGCUUGCAUCAAUUCAUAUUGGGUCAAAAAGGCAAAUAUAACCAACACCCAAUCAGUAAUUUAUGCAAUGUAUUGAAAUACUUUGAAGAUUACGAUCCUUUAACAACACCAAAGAUUUCCACUCCUCAAGAAUUGAACAGAAUGAGUAUCAAACUCAAACAACCACUCAGUUUAGAUGAUCAAAGUAAUACGUCUUCACCAAGCUUCCUUGUUCCAAACUUUUCCGAUAGAAGACGUUCAUCAUAUGUUGGACCAAUCGAUGAUGACAUUUCACCAAAGAAAUCGCCAAGCUCAUCAUUUACAGAGGACACUAAUAAUAGUCUCUUGACAGCAGCUAAAGGUAAAAAAUUGCAAGGCAUAUCCAAAUUCUAUCAAGAAUACAUGACCAACCAAUUCAAAUCCUUCUCCAACAUGAUUGACGAUCUUCCAAAUGAAGUUGUUCAACUUCAGAUUCAGAGUACAAACUUGCUUGUCAAAACUUUCAAUUUCAAUGAUUCAAUGGUUUUGGCAAUGACUGAAUCCGACUUUUUCGAUCACUUGAUGGAGGUAAUUAUCAAAUCACAUGAAGGUUUCCUUAAUUCUCCAACGAAACCAACUGUAUUACAACCUCAAGUUCAAAAGUACAAUCUUCUCUUGAAACUUUUCAUUGCAACUUCUGCCUGUGCUGAAAAAUUCACUGGAAAAAUCAUCACUCUCACAGAAUAUCUUACCAAAGCUGUUUACUUUGCCAAGACUCAAGACGAAAAAGAAUGUACAGAAAUCAAUGAUGAUAUCAUUCAUCAAUUAAUAACAGGCUUUAAUCAAACCCAUUUUGCAACCUGUUUACCAACUAUCCAAAUUGCAUUAUCUAGUGUGUGUCAUGUUUCUAAAAUUAAGGAUGACAUGUUCCAACAAAGAAAAUUUAUGGAUUUGUUAUUAGGCACUCUGAAACAUUUUCUACAAAUUGGAAUUUCUAAUAUGAAUAUCAAACAAGUAUCUGGUGCUAUUGAAUCAGUGGACACUCUUUUAUCAAUUUAUCACCACAAGAUGGUCAAACAUCAAACUCAAUAUGUUACCUCUAGUAGAACUCUCGUUAGAGCUGGAGAUUCUAAUCAAAUGACUGACGAAUCCUAUCGUUUGCAAGGAAUGCAAUUAAUGAUCAAUUUAAAUCAAAUCCAUGAUUUACAGGAUGUUUUACUUCAAUUUAUUCAAGAAGAAAAUUUGCAAAACAUUCUCAUCAAUCCAACUCUUGGUGUACCAUUGGUUUCAACAAUUUUGCAUCUCAUUCAAAUGCUUCCAUUAUUGAAUAUUAACAAACACUUGAAAAUGAUCAAUGAUUCAAAGUAUUGUGCUGACUUACAAACUAGACUUCUCAAUCUUGUACUAGUCAAUACAAACACGCAAUCAGCCUCAAGUAACACACUAGAUUCCGGAAAUAGUACCAUAUCUGUCUCUAGUUCUUUGGAAUUGAAUGGAUUGGCAGCUAGUUGCUUUAUUACAGUAAUCAGAGAGACUAACAUUGAAAAGGAUUUGUUGAAGAGAGUAGUAACAGCUAUUAGUGCCUUGUCCAGAGAGGCAGGUUAUAGAGGAACAAAGCUCAACCACUCCUUUGAAUUAACAUCCCUUCUCGGUAUUCUUUCUCAUGUAAAGAAGGAAGAAUUAUUGUCGGAAUAUAAGGAUAUCCUUCUCAUACAAUUACUUAAAAUUAUUCAACAGCUUACAGUUGACUUAUCAACCAAGCAACUUUAUUAUAACUUGAUUGAUAAUUGUAUUAGGCUCUUGAAAGUUUUGCAACCUUCUCCUCCUCCAGAACAAUUAGACUUUGAGCAAUAUGGUAAAUUAUUCAUAUUAAUUACCAAGCAAGAGCAACAAAUAGAAAGAGAAAAUUCGCAACUGUAUACUAUUGAAAACUUUGAACAAAAUGCAUCUUUCAAUGGUAUUGGUAUACAAAUUAGUGAUACUUCCAGCAGAAAUCAAACUCUUACUGUAGAGUCUUUACCACUCUUCUCCAAUCAGUAUAUUAUUCUUCUCAAAUGCAUUUCAGAGUUGGACAUUUCGAGCUUUGUUUGUCUUCGAGUCAUGAUCAACCUCGUUGGCGCUUUGGAAUCCAUGUCUACACCCAAAUUCGAUAAAGAAUUCGGAGAGGAACAAAAGGAAAGACGUCAAAUGGUUAUUACCUUAUUACAAAAUAUUAUGACACUUGUUUCAAAGCCAACAGCACUCUCUGAGAAUAACCAAGGAAAGCUCUCCACAACAGAAUUGAGAAGAGUAAGAUGUAAAUCCUUGAGAAAAUCCAUUCAAUUAUCAACUCGUAGUUUUGAAUCAAUGGAGGCCAUGUUUUCCUCUGAAGAAAAUGCAAAGAAGAAUAAUGAAGAUAAUCGUAGAAAUUCCCUUCGAAUGAAGAAAAGAUCAUCCAUGAGGGUAAACCCAGAAGAGCUGGCCAGCCAAAUCAAACAACCAAACUAUGUACAAAUGCUCAACUAUAGUAUGUUUGAUCAGUAUUCUGCCAACUAUUGGAAUGAACGCUCCUUUAGUAUUUCAAGAGCUUUACAUGCAUUAAUUCUCGAUGACGUAGCCUCAGAAUGGAGUGAUGAGUUGAAACAUAAUCCAUUCAAGAUUUUCAAUCCAUUCUUUAUUCACACCAACAACAAGACUGUUUCUGAAGACAGUAAGGAUGACCUUACUAUAUCUGCUGAUAGCUCUCUUACAGAUAUUUCAUCAUAUGACAGCGAAGAGGAAGACGAAUCAAAUGACGAAUCAGCCAAGAUUAGAAGAAUUCACAGAAAAUCUGGUACAAAGAAUGAAUUUGUUGAUUUGUUGAGAAGAAAAAAGCAAAAGGACGCACCAACCGAAGGCACCCAUAAUCCGCUCACUACUAUGUGGUCUUUCUAUGAUGAAGUCAAGAGCUCCUUUUCGGCAAAUGACUUUUACAGACUCGUCUUUUCUGAUGAACUUUCUCGUGACAAUGUUUAUGAUGUUAUUACACAAUCUGUCAAUACUACUAAGAUUUCUCUUUCUCAACUUUUAUCAGAUAAGGAACUCAAACAUCUCUUCAUUGGAACUAUUGGUUUAAGAUUGAUUGCUCUCAUCAAACCAACAGAUAUUAAUAAUGGACAAAUUAUUUCCCUCAUCUACAUGGCUUUAUCUAACACAUUAUUUGGAUCAUAUAGAUUAAAUCUCUUGGCUGUCAAGAUCAUGACAGAUUUAUUGGAAUCUGCUCUCCAAAAAACUCAAAGCACUGGUACUGCUCUCCAAAGCAUUGCCAACCAAAAAGGAAAGGCCGAUGCUUGGCGAUCAGUUAUCGAGUUGAUGGAUCAAAUAGCCCAAAUAAUGCAACAAAUCAACAAUACUAUCAGAUAUAGAAUUCAAUUCCACUUCUCCCAUACCAAACCAUUUUCUAGUGAUGAAAGACACUUUUUAUUCAAGUUUGUCAAGUUGUGGCAUUUAAUUACAACAAAUGUAAGAUCUAUUCCAUUCCAUCUAAUGAAUGAUAAUAAGGAUUACGAAAGUGAGUUAUUGAAUGAUCUCUGUCAAAGCCAAUUGCUCAGUUUCUGGAUACUUCCUCUUCCUGAUUUUGCCGUUUUGCUCAGAUUACUCUAUUACCAUUCCAUCACUGAACACUCGACAGACUCUGAUGAUACUAGAGAUAACUUUUUGUUUGGUAACUUGUAUAGAAUUCAAUAUCUUGAAGAGUUAACAUUACCUUUGUACAGUGUCACUAGUGACAAGCAAGAAUUUUCAGGAACUAAUAUUUCCAAUCCACACUCCCAAUACAUGAACCAAAAACGAAAACUCACUAUGAUGCUUACUGAAAUUUGUGGUGUUUACAUGAAAUAUGAUAGAUUCAACUUGUACAACAUGUUAGACUUUAUUGUUAGAUUAUCACCAUUCACUGCCAAUGAGCCAGGUAACUCUCUUGAGAGUUCUAACUCUUAUUACUCUGUCUUGUCCACUCCUUCCUUGAGAAAUUCCUUAUUGGAACAAAUUUUGAGAGAAGAAUCUCUAGUAAGAAGAAGUAAUCUCCUGUGCAAGAGUCUUUCUGUUGGUGAUGUGUUGAGCUAUGACAAGGUGGUCAUUAAUGGUGAGCCUCUUAUUAUUGUCCUUCACGAGAAGAAGUUUGGACUCUACACUUACACAGAAGAUACCAAGACUGGUAAAUUGUUCCUCACUGAAUCAAGCUCUACUAAUUUCUCUCAAAUAGAAGCAAUGCAUAUUGCUUCUCCUUAUUCUGGAAAGUAUCUCGGACUGAAGACUUCAAAUAAGGGCUUUUAUGUUAUCAACUUUAGCAAUGAUACAUUCACCUCAAAGUUUAUUUCACAAAUUUCUUCUAAACUUGUAAAUACUGAAAUUUCUGUAGAUUGGAGAUUGCACAAACUCCUCCAAACAUCAGUCUUUACCUCUGGUGUGGAUGAACAAUUAUUGUUCUACUGUGAUGUCCUCUUUACAAACACUGAUUCUAAGGAAGAACAAUGUUGUUUGGCAUUGUCAAAUUAUGCCCUCUACUUGAUCAAGGAAAAACUUUCAGCAGAAAAAUUAGGAAAACCUGUGGAAAAUUCAAAGGAAAUUGACACUUCACUUACAUCAAAGAUUUGUCAAAUUGAAAUCAAUGAAGUGGUUUUGGACUCUAAAGCUAACCAAGCCAUCUCACCAACAACCAAAGUUAAACUCAAUUAUACAGUUGACAGUGAAAAGAAAGGUAGUAUUUAUUGUUUGUUCCCUAGUGAUUUUGCCAAGAUUUCAUUCAUUGGCAAUUUGUAUGCUUACCAGUCAACAUCAAGCCUUGGACUUGAAUAAAUCUUUACUCUCCUUACU